UGAAAUCCGAGGAAGCCAGCAGGCACAACGCUCGCGCCCUCUGCCUCCACGCCUUCUCUGUGGUCCUGGAAUACAAGACAACGCCGCCACACUGGAAAAUAUGCUGUUCUGCCAUCCCCAGCCUGAGUCCUACCACCAGCACUCUGCUAGUUACAUUAGAGAGGCGUUGGCGCCUUUCUUAAAGAGCGAAGAAGCUCGGCUCAUGGCUGAAAAUGGUGCCAAAAGAACACCGUUCCAGUACAUUCUGUGUGCAGCCACUUCACCGGCUGUGAAGCAGCAGGAGGAAGCGCUCACUUAUCUCAACCAAGGUCAGUCCUACGAAAUCCGUAUGCUUAACAGAAAACUAGUGGAGUAUUCAGAUAUAAGCAGCAAAUAUGUGAAGAGCAUUGUGCGCGUGGUUUUCCAUGACCGUCGACUGCAGUACAUGGAGCACCAGCAGCUGGAGGGAUGGAGGUGGAACAGACCUGGAGACCGAAUCCUGGACAUAGGUGAGCUCACCAUACCAACAUACUCAUGGAUCACUGAUACUCACAGAUUUGAGCCUAAAGGAGCUGAUCGCAAACUGAAGACAGAUCGGGAAAAGAUUGAUAAAAAGACCCCUCAAGAUAGAGAAAAGUAUCAGCCAUCCCAUGACACCACCCUGCUGAAAGAGUGCUCGCCGUGGCCCGAUGCCUUAAAUCUAACCAGCCACAGCACCAGCAGCACACCAUCACCAAUUUACCACAGCUCACCAACCUCCUGCACUUUCACUGAGGGCAACUGUUCUCCAAACCAGCAGGGGGAGCUGUUCAUGCCCGGCUGCUCUGAUCACCUUCUGCCGUCGUCCUCGCCGCAGGACACUCAGCAGUGGCUGCACCGUCACAGGUUCUCGCCUUUCUCAAGGCUCUUCACCAGCUUCUCAGGUGCUGAUCUCCUGAGGAUGACCAGGGAGGAUCUGAUCCAGAUCUGUGGUCCAGCAGACGGCAUCCGCCUCUUUAACACAAUGAAGGGAAGGUGUGUACAGCCCCGUCUUACCAUCUAUGUGUGUCAGCAGCAGGCCAGAAAUCAACCUUCCAUCAAACCAGGCUGUGGAGAAAUCUACCACGCUCUGUACCUGGAAGAGCUGACACUGCUGGACCUGUCUGAAAAGAUCGCUACACUGUACAACAUCACUCCCCAACAGAUCACACAAAUCUACAGACAGAAAACC